AGAGCAGCCAUCAUCAUUUUCACCUAAUUCAUGUCCAGCCUGAAAUGGUAAAAGGUAAGCUGAAAGGGAAACAGUAAACAGCAAUGAAGUAGGCGAAGACUCUGAAGCCUCACCCGUUUACCUCCGCUCUGCUGUUUCACCGCCUCACAACUUCACCCAGGUAGGCUUCAAACAGCCCGUGGCUGUCUAAAACCAGUGACACAGGAGUGCAAACCUGCGUCUUGGAUUGCAGGAGCACAGUGGAGGAGAGGGUCUGAGGCUGAUAACUCCCCCCAUUAGACUUUGAGGAGGGGGGAGGAGGAGGAGGGGGAGGAGGAAGAAGAAGAAGAAGAAGAAGAAGAAGAAGGAGCUGCUCUAUAACCACCCAGAGCAUGGGGCAAAAGGUCCCAGGUGGCAUUAAAACAAUUGAUAUGAGGGAUCCGGCGUUCAGCCCCCUGAAGCUGGAGCUUCAGGCCCUGAGUCACACAAAGCCGUCUCGACUGGAUCUGCUGCUGGACAUGCCACCUGCCAGCCUGGACGUGCAGGUCCAGCACUCAUGGAACAACGAUGACCGCUCCCUCAACAUCUUCGUCAAGGACGACAACAAGCUGGUGUUUCACAGGCACCCUGUGGCGCAGAGCACGGACGCCAUCCGGGGUCAUGUUGGCUACACACGGGGACUGCAUGUGUGGGAAAUCAGCUGGGCCAUGCGGCAGAGGGGUACGCACGCUGUGGUCGGAGUGGCUACAAUUGAUGCCCCAUUACACUCGGUGGGCUACACCGCAUUGGUAGGAAGCAAUGCUGAAUCCUGGGGUUGGGACCUGUGCAGGAGUAAACUCUACCACGACGGCAAGAAUCACACAGGAAAAACCUACCCGGCCUUCCUCGAGCCAGACGACACCUUCAUAAUACCAGACUCCCUCUUAGUAGUCUUGGACAUGGACGAGGGGACUCUGGGUUACAUUGUGGAUGGACAUUAUUUAGGGGUGGCGUUCAGAGGACUUAAGGGCAGGAAGCUAUACCCUGUGGUGAGCGCCGUGUGGGGACACUGUGAAAUACGAAUUCGGUACAUUAAUGGACUUGAUCCUGAACCCCUCUCUCUGAUGGACCUGUGUAGGCGUUCGGUGAGAGUGGCAUUAGGACGAGACCGUCUGAGUGAAAUCCAUAGACUGCCCCUCCCGGCCUCUCUCAAGAACUACCUGCUCUACCAAUGACGGCGCCGUCAGUCACACCACACAGUACACUCCCCUCUUUCUCAUGUUUCUCUGGGAUCCGUCUUGGGUUUAACCCGUUUGACAACAUUGCUCAAGCCUCUAGGACUGACGCAGCCUUAUGGAUGAUUCAACAAGUAUACUUCUGUGUCAGUGGCUGGACUCCUUUUUGAGUUUCUUAUCCUGUUUUAAUGACUAUUUGCAAUUCUAUUCUCUAACUUAAAAAAAAAAAAAAAAAAAAUCAGGAAUCACUGAGCACUAUGCACAUGCUGAUCCGGACGAUGCCCUGACAGUCACCAUUUUGGUGUACCUCCUCCAGUUUGUAAGAUGAUGUGGUGUAAGUGGUCGGUAUCUCUACUCUGAUGAUGAAUUUCUAUCUCUUAAGCUUUUAAAGUGAAAUGUUGGUUGUACUAAAAACUAUGAAGAUUGGUCUUUGAGUGUCAGUGCAGUGCCUAUAAUUGACCACAAGGUGGCAGCAUAUACACAUAUUUACCAAUUUAUCCUCUCAAAUUGAGAAUUAUAUAAUGAAAUCUUUGUUGUUUUUAAGAAAUUAUGUUUAAAUGGAUAGUGAACAAAAAUUACGGUUUUCACAACACAGAAAGGAGAUGCUGACCACUCCAGUGAGUCUGUUUUGCAGUGUGAGGCAGUUGAUGAUCAGCUCUGAUCACUCGCAAGCAGCACUAUCAGGUUUCUCUUGCUUACCAUUGAGGCAUCUGACAGGAACAUAAUCAGCAGAAAUUUUAACAGAAGGAUAAUGUCACUGUGAUUAUUUGUAGCAUGCAUCUGCAGGAAAAAUUUUCUCAAUACAAUCAUCUUUUUAAAAAUCUUUUCUGUCACUCCUGCUUUUUGUAGUGCAGUAGUUUUCAACCACAUACUAUUGAGACCCAAGAGUUUUCAUUGUUUUAGUUCAACCAAUCGCUCAGUCAGCUGUUUUCACUGGUUUGCACCGUGGAGUGGAAACCAGCCAAUGAAACUGCUGCUGUAGUGUUGCGGAUGGUUGGAAGUAAAACUCGAAAGUCUUUGGCCUCACUGGCACAUAGCUGGGAACCAUUGAUGUUGUGUUUGUGUUUUAUGACAUGUAAAAGGGGUUUGGGAACCAGACUAUGUUGGUGAACUGCAGAUUUAAGUCACCAUAAUGACAAAAAAGACAAUCCACAAAGUGCUGCACAGAUGUGAUAAAAGAGAGUCAGACUGCCAAUUUAUUGUCAGAUGCCAUAUCACCGACCUGUAUACUCUAGGAUUUUUCAAUGUGCUGACAUGGUCCUUAUUCAGCACUCAGCCGGAUAUGGACACACUGUGCCACACCUUACUUUCCACGCUUGCAGCUUCCAUUUUAUUUGUAUUCCUUGUUGUAGAUUUGUUUGUAAGUAUAUAUUAAAGUUUAUUUCAAAGUA